AUGGCGCACUUCCUCAAUGAGUUGGACAGUGUUGUCGUUGAUCUGAGCGUCGAUCAGUCACAAUUGGAUGCGACUGACGCCAUUGAGUUCAAAGAUAAGGCAGAAGGUAUGUUUCACAAUGUAAAUAAAGCCCUCAAAAGUCUCCAUGCAGCGGCUGAUAAACUUGACGAAGCGUGGAGUACUGCCAAGAUAACUCGUGUAAGUGGAACUUCCAUUGGUAUAGUGGGAGGAGUCCUCACCAUCAUCGGAGGAGUUGCAACAGUAAUGACAGCAGGGGCUGCUACACCCUUGUUAGCUGCAGGAAUGGGCGCUGGCGUCAUCGGAGCUGGUACAAACAUAGUGGGAAAUAUUAAAGAGUCACUCAUCAACUCGAAAGAAAUCAAGAAAGCGGAGAGUGACUUAAUGAAGGCUCUGGAAAGCAUAACGAAUGUUAAAGGGACUAUCCACGAGUGGUUGGAGCACAAAAAGAUAUCCACACUGCACAAAAUUUACAAGAUGGCUGAGGCUAAGAGGUGGAGCAAGCCAGUGAUCAAGCUCCUCGGUGUGAUUUUGCUUGCCGCCAAAGAGGCUUAUAAAGAAAGCCAGGCCUUUGCCGGACCGGCGGCCAAAUUCGUUGCCCCGGAAGCUGGUAAGGCUACUGUAAAAUCGGCUGGGAUAGCUGGUGUAGGAGCUGCUGGAAAGGCUGGUGCAAAGUCUGCCGGCAAGGCUGGUGCAGAGUCUACUGGCAAGGCUGGUGCAAAAGAAGCUGGGAAGGCAGGUGCAGGAGCCGCCGAUGAUGUCUUUCAAGCUGGAACCAAAGCAGGAAGCAAUCUUGCUGGUGGCUUGAUCAUUGGAAUCAGCUCUGUGUUCCUGGCAUGGGAUAUUGUCGAUCUUGGCUGCACUAUCAAAGAUCUCGUGGAAAAGAAAGGAUCAGACGCCGCCAAAGGUCUGAGGCAGAAAGCGGAGAUUCUUGAGAAUAUUAUGAAGAAGUUAGAGGAAGAAGGAUCCAUCUAA